CGCGUCCGCACCUCCGUGACUGCGGUAACGUUGUUGUGGAAUGACGUCACGGCGGUGAAAUGCAGGCGCAGCGGCGGCCAUGACUGCGGGCUCUGUGAUUAUUUAAUCCGGAUUAAAUACUGGCGGAAAACGUCCAUGGCAAGAGCCACGAGUCAGAUGUAUGAUGUCGUACCCCUCCACUCCUCUGGUCUCUGCCCGUGUCCAUCCAUGGUAAGAGGUCAGCAGGAAGCACCCCAUCGCCACGGCAACAGCAUGGAGGGCCAGGCCCCGCCUCCUCAGCCGACUCAGCCACGCAAGAAGAGACCCGAGGAUUUCAAAUUCGGCAAAAUCCUGGGAGAGGGCUCCUUCUCUACGGUUGUCCUGGCGAAAGAACACUCGACGGGGAAGGAAUAUGCAAUUAAGAUCCUGGAGAAGCGCCACAUCAUGAAGGAGAACAAGGCGCAGUACGUGAAGAGAGAGAGGGAUGUGAUGUCCAACCUGGAUCACCCGUUCUUCGUUAAACUAUACUUCACCUUCCAGGAUGAGGAGAAGCUCUAUUUCGGUCUGAGCUAUGCCAAGAACGGCGAGUUAUUAAAGUACAUCCGCAAGAUCGGUUCCUUCGACGAGACCUGCACGCGGUUUUACUCAGCCGAGAUCGUCUGCGCGCUCGAGUACCUGCACCAAAAGGGCAUCAUCCACAGAGAUCUGAAGCCAGAGAACAUUUUGCUCAGCGAAGACAUGCACAUUCAGAUCACAGACUUCGGCACAGCCAAACAGCUUUCCUCUGACAGUAGGCAGGCUCGAGCGAAUUCAUUUGUUGGUACGGCUCAGUACGUCUCCCCAGAGUUACUGACAGAGAAAUCUGCCUGUAAGAGUUCGGAUCUCUGGGCGUUAGGCUGCAUCAUAUACCAGCUGGUUGCCGGGUUACCACCAUUCAGAGCAGGAAAUGAGUAUCUUAUAUUCCAGAAGAUUAUUAAAUUAGAGUACGAGUUUCCUGAGAAAUUCUUCCCCAAAGCCAAGAAUCUCGUGGAACAGCUUCUGUUGUUGGAUCCUUGCAAGCGGAUUGGCUGUGAGGAAAUGGGCGGGUAUGAGCCGCUGAAAUCCCACCCUUUCUUUGAGUCGAUCAGCUGGGACGACUUGCACCUGCAGACUCCGCCCAAGCUUACCCCCUACCUGCCCGCCAUGUCUGAGGAUGAUGAGGACUGCUAUGGGAAUUAUGAUGACCUCUUAAGCCAGUUCAGCAGUAUGCAGGUGGCACAGCCCGGCCCCUCGCCCUCAUUGGCCGAACCGUCAGAAAGUCCACUUCCCAUCUAUAACCCUGCCCCCAGCGUGGAUCAGUUCAUCCAUGUUCAUGAGCUGGACAGCAACAGCAUGGAGCUGGACUUACAGUUCAGUGAAGAGGAGAAGCGCCUACUGCUGGACAAGCAAAGCAUCGCAAACCCGUGGCACCCGUUUGUGGAGAAUAACCUCAUCCUGAAGAUGGGCCCAGUCGACAAGCGCAAGGGUCUGUUUGCACGGCGCAGGCAGUUGCUCCUGACUGAAGGUCCUCAUCUGUACUAUGUUGAUCCGGUGAAUAAGGUCCUGAAGGGGGAGAUCCCCUGGUCACCAGAGCUGCGGCCAGAAGCCAAGAACUUCAAAACCUUCUUCGUCCACACGCCGAACCGGACCUACUACCUGAUGGACCCGAGUGGCAACGCUGACAAAUGGUGCAAGAAGAUCCAAGAAGUGUGGAGGAAGAUCUACCACAAACAACAGAACCCCAGCGUAUAGGAGCUUUCCCCUACGGCCACGCCCCCCAGCACCCCUUCGACCAAUCACAGAACAGACACACCUCCGUCUCUUUAACUCUCUCUCUCUAUCUGUCUGUCGCUCUCUCUCCUUCCUUCUUGGAUCUUAACGCAGGGGGCGUGUCCUGUCUGUCUGAUUGGUCUGCAUAUAGAGUUAAGGCGGGUCCUUUGCCCUGAUUGGCCGCAGUAGCUGGUCUAGCUGAUCUGAUUGGAGGAUGUGGUGGUUUUGUGUUUUUUUUUUUUUUUUUGUUUGUUUGUUUUUGUUUUCUCCCCUCCCUCCCAAAAUCCAAAAAAAAAACUGAACAAAAGGAAAAAAAAAAGAAAAAAACAGACAGGAAACCAUUGCAAUCAUCUCCUCACUGCAGAACUAUGGGUAAUGUAGUUCUCCUAAUGGUGAUCCAUCACCUCGCCCCUCCUCCCACAAGGCCCUGAGCCAAUAGCGCGACUGAUUUUCAGUUCUUAUUUUUUUCGUUUUUUGUUUUGUUUUUUCCUUCAAAUCGUCUGCAAUGGGAUAUUGACUGUGUGUGUUCCUGAGUGGAGACAUGAGCAGAGGUGUGUGUGUGUGUGUGUGUGUGUGUGUGGAUAUGAUUGGAUGCUUGAGAGUGUGUAUGUGAGCACAUUCUUUCACUUGGGCGUUUUUAACAGGAAGGAGAUGAGCGAGUGUGUGUGUGUGUGCCUCCUCUUCCUGGUUGGUAACUGAUGACUGUGAUGUAUAGUUGAUGUAAUAUUGAACUUGGAGGCGAGUGUGCAGCGAGGCGACUCUUGGAUCCGGGUUUUGUAUUUUUAUUCUUGUAUAAGGUUAUUUGGGCCCUUCUCCGUUCCGGGGGCCCGGCUACUCUGUGUUAUUUAAAUUCUAAUAUAUGAGAAUCAUAUUUGGAUUGAAGUCACGUUCGAGGGCCUUGCUGUGUAUGUUUUUUGAAAUGUAAAGCCUUUGAAUGUGAAGAAUUAUUGUAAACUAUGAUAUUUUACAGCUUUUUUUUUUUUUUUUUUUUGGUUCAAUUUUUUUUUGUUUGUUUGUUUUUCUUCUUACUAUAUCAUAAAACAUUUUCUAUUUGCUCAGUGAUCGACUCAUAUUCUGAUAAUUUAAAGCCUUUUCCAUUCACAGGCCCUGACCCAUGCGUGAGUGAGUGAAUGCGCGUGUGUGUGUAAAAGAGAGAAUGUGUGUGUCUUGUGUGCAAGCAUGUGUGGGCGGAGCCUGGUUUGCGUUUGGCGCUGUGUGUAUUUUUCCUCGUCCGGCUCUCGAGCUCGACGCCACCUAGAACUGAAAUAAAGCAUGUAGGGGUUUAGGCCGACAGAAA